AUGCCGCCCAAGGCGCGCCACAUACUGUGCGAGAAGCAGGGGAAGAUCAACGAGGCGUACAAGAAGCUGCAGGAGGGGUGGCUGGACGCGGGGGAUAAGGUGCCGCCCGCCAAGUUCGGCGAAAUAGCCCAAGCCUAUUCAGAGUGUCCAUCGGGCAAGAAGGGCGGCGAUUUGGGCUGGUUCCCCCGGGGCAAGAUGGCCGGGCCUUUCCAGGACGUUGCCUUCGCCACGCCCAUUGGCGCCACGUCAGCACCCUUCAAGUCAACGCACGGUUACCAUGUAAUUCUCGUGGAAGGGCGUAAGAACUGA